UCUCCUUCUCUCCCGUCGCUUCCGUUUGAUCAGCUGAAGACGUUUCGUUUCCAAACUGACUUUAUGUGAACAACUCGUUUGGCAGCGUUAAAGUUAAAACUGAGCUCGGUACAGCAGCUAUCCGGAAACCAUCCCAAACGUAGAACCGGGCGCUCUGCGAUGACUUCAUUCCAACCGUGUACUCUGAUCACAGUGAGAUGAAGAGAGGCCGCACGUUAAGCUCUUCCUGUUUGUUUGUUUGUUUUCUUUCUUUCUUUCUUUCUUUCUUUCUUUCUUUCUUUCUUUCUUUCCGUUUCAGCUAUCGAUGAGAAUCUUUCCUCUGAAACUCAAACCGGUUUGACCUGUGGAAAUACUGUAACUAUUACAUCAGCAAAUCAGUCAAUACAUAUCAAUACAACUGAGAACGUGAUGAUGAUGAUGACAUGAAGAAAAUCAGACAGAGAGAUAAAAGAACAGGAGCCAGGUAACAGAUAAAUGGAUGUUUUGGUCAGGUAUUAUGUCUCAGGGAUUUUAAUGAGCAACAGGUUCAUCAUGAAGAUCCCAAACACGUAAACAACAGCAUCCAGUAACUCUCCAUUUCCUCCGGUGCUGUUGGUAUGUCUCUGCCAGCUGCAAGUUCCUCACAUUCAGAUUCUUCAUUUAGAGCAUAUGAACAGUUGAUAAAUGAGGAUCCUGUUAAAAAUUAGACGACCCAGCAGUUGAUUAAUCAAUUAGUUAAUUGACAGACAGUUAAUUGGCAGCUCCCAUGGUAAUGGGUUUGGAUUCACCCAGACUGAAAAAAGCAGAGUGCCAACAAACUCCGCUUCCAGCAGCUGCAGCCAUAAACAUUUAUGCGUGAGAGAUAAUAAUCUAAUACACAAUACUCUACUGUAAUACUGUAUAAAAAUAAUAUAAUUCAGUACAGUUGUUACUGUAAGUUCAUUUGUACUUAAGAAUUUUCGUACUUCCUCUUCCCCUGCAUGUUGCAAUAAAAGCAAAAUACGUUUUCAGAAACUUUAAACUUUUAUUUUGAUGGCCAAACACCAAAGCGGAAGUCAUAAUCAUGUUUUUCAUAUUAUUGUCGGCAGCAGAUGCAGUAGAUUUACGUGCUAACUCGAUGCUCCCCUUUUAAACAAGGAUUAUUAUUAAUAUUAUUGUUGUUAUUAUUAAUAAUAAACAAAUGUAUUUACAGAGAAAAGGGCAGGGUCUUUUAUUGUGGUGGCUGAGACCAGCCCUGUUUCCGUCGGUUGACUGGACGUCACGGCUCCUGGCUGCCUACGGUGGCUCGCAGGGGUCAGUUAGCGCCGCUCUGCCGCUCGUGCUGACGAUGGGAGACGUUCUCUGCGAAGAGCUCGAGGAUUUAGUUCAUUUCUCAGUACACGACCUGCCGACACGAGGCUAUGUCGUCAUGGAGGAGAUCCGACGUCAGGGCAAACUCUGUGACGUCACGCUCAAGGUCGGGGACCAUAAGUUCAGCGCUCACCGCAUCGUUCUGGCGGCCUCCAUCCCGUAUUUUCACGCCAUGUUCACCAACGACAUGGUGGAGUGUAAGCAGGACGAGAUCCUGAUGCAGGGCAUGGACCCCAGUGCUCUGGAGGCUCUGAUAAACUUUGCGUACAGCGGCCAUGUUGCGAUCGACCAGCAGAACGUUCAGUCUCUUCUGAUCGGUUCGAGUUUCCUGCAGCUGCAGAACGUUAAAGACGCCUGCUGCUCCUUCCUGCAGGAGAGGUUACAUCCGAAGAACUGUCUGGGCGUCCGUCAGUUUGCAGAGACCAUGAUGUGCACGACUCUGUACGACUCAGCCAACAGUUUCCUCCACCAGCACUUUGUGGAAGUGUCUCUGUCGGAGGAGUUCCUGGGUCUGAGGACGGAGGAGGUGCUGGAGCUGGUCGACUGCGACGAACUCAACAUUAAAGCAGAGGAACAGGUGUUUGAGGCGGUGCUGGCCUGGGUUCAUCACGACAGAGAGCGGAGGGAGUCUCUGCUGCCGGAGCUGCUGUCAAAGAUCAGACUUCCUCUGUGCCGACCUCAGUUCCUGUCAGACCGAGUCCAGCAGGACGAACUUGUACGCUGCUGCCAUAAAUGCAGAGACCUGGUGGACGAAGCCAAAGAUUUCCACCUGAUGCCGGAGCGGCGUCCUCACAUUCCCACCUUUAAAACGAGACAGAGGUGCUGCACGUCCAUCACAGGACUCAUCUAUGCCGUGGGUGGACUCAACAGCUCAGGUGACUCUUUAAACGUGGUCGAAGUGUUCGAUCCAAUCGGGAACUUCUGGGAGCGCUGUCAGCCAAUGAGGACGGCCCGCAGCAGAGUGGGCGUAGCCGUCGUUAAUGGGCUGCUGUACGCCAUUGGUGGAUAUGACGGCCAAUCACGACUGAGCACGGUGGAGGUGUACAACCCAGAGACGGACAGCUGGACGCGGGUGUCAAGCAUGAACAGCCAGCGCAGCGCCAUGGGAACGGUCGUGAUUGACGGACAUAUCUACGUCUGCGGCGGCUACGACGGAAAAUCGUCUCUGAACUCGGUGGAGUGUUACUCUCCAGAGACGGACAGGUGGACGGUGGUGACGGAGAUGAGCGCGAGUCGCAGUGCUGCAGGUGUGACGGUGUUUGACGGACGCAUCUUUGUCUCCGGCGGCCAUGACGGGUUACAGAUCUUCAACACGGUGGAGUACUACAACCACCACACAAACCGAUGGCACCCGGCGGCGGCCAUGCUGAACAAGCGUUGUCGACACGGGGCAGCAUCUCUGGGCAGUCACAUGUAUGUGGCGGGGGGGUACGACGGGUCGGGGUUCCUGAGCGGGGCCGAGGUGUUCAGCUCGGCCUCGGGGCAGUGGAGCCUCCUGGUGGCCAUGAACACUCGGCGCAGCAGGGUGUCUCUGGUGUCCACGUCGGGCCGUCUGUACGCCGUGGGCGGAUAUGACGGACAGUCCAACCUCAGCUCCGUGGAGAUGUACAACCCCGACACCAACCGCUGGACCUUCAUGGCCCCCAUGGUCUGCCACGAGGGGGGGGUCGGGGUCGGCUGCAUCCCCCUGCAGCCGGCCUAAACCCACCAAUCAGAGGCCGAGGAUCGAUGCAUUACUGCCGGCUGCAGGCGGGGAGGCGGCGCCCUCCGGUGGCUUUCACUGAGCUUAAUCGGUACGACAGCCGGGCUCACAGCCGCACACUGAUGCCAGGCCUUUGGAAUUAUGGGUAAAAACUGUAGAGCUAGGCCACGCGGGCUUGCUGUGAGCAUCGUGCUGUUAGCGUGCGCGCGUGGACCGAUUAAUGAUUGAUAUUGAUUUUAUACUUGAUUAAAACGACCAACAGGAAGUCACUUCCUCUCUAAACAAACAAAGCUGCUGACAAGAAACAGGAUGACUGCUCUGAUCCGUUUUCUGGGGCCACUGGACAGUUUUGUUGCUGUAAUCAAGAACUGUGGCGAACAGACGGGCGGAUGGAUGGACGGACGGAUGGACGGACAGACAGACAGACAGGAAGCAGAGCUGCAGGCACGUGAAGAAGACAAACUGAAAAAUCUUCUGUCUUUACCAAAGUUUGACAACUGAAAUAACAUCGAGACUAAAAAGCCUGAGGUCAGUGUCCACAGAGGUAAGAGACGUGGACCUUCAGCAGGACAAAGACUGGAACUGGAGGGUGGGGGGGGGCAGAGAUUCCACGUGAGGUGCUUUUAAUUUCUGAACUGAGUCAAACCUUAGACACGUUAUCGAUGAUAUCAUCAACUCUGAGAGCUGAUCACAGCAGCUGAUCAGCCCCCCCCAGUCUGAAGCUAUGAGUCAUCACAGACUGAGACUGAGCUGAGUCCAGCUCAGUCUCAGCACCUGAGUCCACCUGAGUCCAGCUCCAUCAUCAGUUUAAAUGAUCAGAGAAGUCGUGACCUGGAAUCUGAUUCAUUCUAAAUGUUUUACUUUGACAGAUCAGGUCCACUUCCUGGAAACAUUCAGCUGGAUUUCAUGGUCUUCAUCAACACAUAGAUUUGUCAGUUGGAGGCGGUUCGGCUCCCUCUGCGGAUGAAAACCAUGAGGUGCAGCUGAAAGCUUUCCCUGCCAGUGGACCGGGUCACUGUUCAGUUCGAGGUUCACAGUAAAUCAGAAACUCUGUCGUAUACACAAGAAUCUGAUCAGUUCAUAGUAAAAUAAACAUAUUUAAGUUGAUAUAUGAUCAUUUUAGUGAAGCACUGAUCUUCAGCUGGUUCUCUCCAGGCUCCGUGCGUCUCUAUUAAUCUUUAUUUUUAUUUUUAUUGAUUAAUUUAUGAUUUUUUAAAAGUCUGUUUUCCUUCCUGAGAAGUUUGUGGAUCAUUAAAGAAGGAAUUUCCAGGUU